GAUAUGUUUGAAGUCAUUUUGUAUGGGAAAUCGCUCGCAAUGACUGUUGUUACUGUACUAACUUUCGGACGUCAGGAAUCGUAACUCAGUGACGUAAAUAUUGGUCAGUCUUGACGGGAUAUCUAAGUUCGAAGUAUAUCUGGAUGAUACUAAUGACUCAAAAAUUUAAGUUAACAGCUUGAAUACAGAACGGAAGUGCUAUAAAAAAUCUUGUAAUAACCAACAUGGCAGUUUGACAGUACAGGAAGAAUUCUAUGAUACAUCAGGCAUUUGCGAUCAAAAUUCAGUUGUUAACAAUGUCGGUUUUAAACCAAAGUGGAGAAGAACAAGUAGAAUGCCCAUUGUGUAUGGAACCACUGGAAGUUGAUGACAUAAAUUUCUUCCCAUGCACAUGUGGCUACCAGAUCUGCCGAUUUUGUUGGCAUCGAAUCAGGACUGAUGAAAAUGGGCUGUGCCCAGCAUGUCGCAAAGCCUAUCCAGAGAAUCCUGCGGAUUUCAAACCUCUCACACAGGAAGAAGUACAGAAACUGAAAGCAGAGAAACGACAGAGAGAUCAACAACGAAAGCAGAAGAUAACUGAGAACAGAAAGCAUCUAGCAAAUGUCCGUGUAGUGCAAAAAAACUUAGUGUUCGUUGUUGGAUUACCAAUGAGACUUGCAGAUGCUGAGAUAUUGAAAAAGCAUGAAUAUUUUGGAAAGUUCGGGAAAAUUCACAAAGUUGUUAUUAACCAGAGCACUACAUAUGCAGGCUCUCAGGGUCCUAGUGCAAGUGCAUAUGUAACGUACCAUAAAGCUGAUGAUGCCUUGAGGGCUAUUCAGGCAGUUAACAACAUUUCUGUAGAUGGUAGGACUAUAAAAACAUCAUUAGGCACUACAAAAUACUGCUCUCACUUUAUGAAGAAUCAGCCAUGCCCUAAACCAGACUGCAUGUACCUUCAUGAUUUAGGUGAUCCAGAAGCGAGCUUUACAAAAGAAGAAAUGCAGCAGGGGAAACAUCAAGAGUAUGAGAAAAAGCUACAUGAGCAGCUUCUGAAUGGCUACAACAAAGACAGGGUACUCUGGGAUCAGCUUCAUACUCAGUGGCACACAGAUCAGGAAAACUCAAGAGAUCCUAAGCUUCCACACGGGAAUAGAAGGAAAGGAAAAAAAAGAAGAAUGUUAGUCAUUAAUCAGCAUAACACUCGCUACAGACAGUCUCAAACUAAAAAAGGGCAGGUCGGUCCAGAUGUGGCCCGGUCUAGGCCAUGUUCCGGAAAACCGGGAUCCUCACCACCUCGUAGCACACAGAGUUCUGUAUGUGCAUCUUCAAAUUCUCCAUUGUCUUCAGGCUCUGCAUCUACAUCGUCCCAGUCACAAGUGAAUAAACAAGGCUGGCAACAUGCUUCUGCCAAUGUUGCAGGAAGCAACAGCCCAAUAUCAAGUGUCAGCAGUGGCUGCAGCAAUUCCAUGGGUCGAUCAACUGGUGGUGGAAACCAGAGACGUUCAAAGGAUUCUCACAAGAAAAGGCAUGCGCUACCUGAUGACAAAGGGAGACUGCGUGAUAAACUUCAGAAUGCAACUGGAGAGGAUCGCCAAAGCAAACCGACUCGUAGCAAGAUGAACUCGUCAAAUAGUGAACGCCCUGCCAAUGGUGUAGUUAAGGACCCAUCUCGAAAAUCAUCAGUAAAUUUCAAUCGCGCAUGUCGUACACGGUCCAAAGAAAGAAAUAGUGGUGGUGUGAGCUGUAGUUCAGCUAAUGAUGUGGCCAGUAAUUUGCCAGCAGGAAGGUUCCACAAGAAUUCUGGUAGAUUGCCUGCUGUGAGAGCUGCGGCCUUGUUUGAGCAAGAUAACAACUCUUUCUUUUCAUCAAAUACCUUCACCAAAGUGUCCACAACAGUUUCUGGCACAGGGGGUUCGGAUUGGUCCUCUAAUGGGCUUUCUGUGGCACACAUACCAGAUGUGCUGCCUCCGGUACACUCUUCAGAAGACUGGCAAGCAGCAUUUGGAUUUUCAAACCGAACAAAAGAAACCACAACUUCACAAGAUAAGAGUGUCCGUGAAGAUAGUAUGGGUGACGACGAUGAUGAUGAGGAGGAGGUAAGAAUUGCUUCGGAACGAUUUAAAAAUGCGCAAGGGGGCUACAGAAUUAAUAAUAUUGAACAUAUUAUACGCAAAAUGCACAAGCUCCCUUUCAGUGAAGUAAAUGGUGUGGACAGCAGUGUUAUUGUUAACUGUGAAACUACAAAAAUUGCUUCAGGAAAUGGGUAUGUUUUCCACAAGGUGCUUUCUAAUGGGUUUGUUGAAGAUCCAACAGUAUACGUGAUAGGCAGCAGUCGUCAUGAAUUCUCAGGUCUCCAGAAUGGCUCGAUGCAACAUGUGCGUAAUGGAUUCUCUUCAAAGAGUGUAGACAAACGCUACCCCGAUAUUCACAGGAGGCGGGAACACCGUAAAGAAAAGCAAGGUUGUGUGUCUAAUAGUAAUAGAGGAGUUGUGAAGCAAUCUAGGAAGAACAAUCGUAGUGCUACGGUUAGUGAACUGCCACACCACAGUUGUGACACGAAUGAUUCUUCUUUGGAAGAUGAUCGUUUUUCAAGCUACGGUGGCUUGGAAAGACAGAGAAACGGUAAUGACUCUUCAGACAGCUGUGGGGAUGUAGAUAGAGAGGAUGAGUUCUGUGAAAGGGUCAAAGAAGAAAUCAAACAAGAAGACAAUAUACGUGCCCCAGAUGAUGAACUGGACUUCGAUCCUUUCCAUGAAACCCAGAAGGCCUUGGCUGAAAUGAUUGAGAAAGAGACAAUGAUGUUGUCUGUUAGGCAGCAGGAAAGUUGUGGGAAUGACCAAGUGCAGCACAUCCAUCUGAAACAGCAUCAGCGGCAACACCACCAACAGCAGCAUCACCACUACCAUCACCACCACCACCAUCACCACCAUCACCACCACCAUAGCCACCACCACCACCAGCAACAACAGCAGCAACGGCAACACCACCACCAACAACAACACCAGCAGCAGCAACAACAACAUCAACAGCAGCAGCAGCAGCAACAACAACAUUAUCAGCAUGGGGGUCACAGUUUUCAUGGAUCAGCCAGUACACAACAGCAGUUUCUGUAUGGAGGGAAGAUACUUCCACCAUACACUAAUGGUGCAAGUUCAUAUCUCCUUCAUAAUCAAAGGGUUUCACAAAAUUCUCCUGCUAGAAGUAACACCAAUGCAAGGCUGCCUCCUCCAGGCUUCUCAGCUGGACCCAAUCACAUGAAUGCCUUUGGUCUUGGGAUCCCUCGCGCUCCCACGACAUCAGGUAGCAAAAUUCUGCCAUUCAUGGGACUGAGUAAUAGCAGUGCCAAUGGUGGUGGCGGUGCCAGCAGCAGCAGUAGCAGCAGCAGUAGUAGCAGCAGCAGCACAAGCACCACCACCAGCAGUGGUGGUGGUGGCAGCAAUGGUGGCAGUGGUGGUAGUGGUGGCAGCAGCUCAACCACCACCACCACGACCACUACCACGACCACCACCACCACCACCAGCAGCAGCAGCAGUAGCAGCAGCAGCAGUAGCAGCAGCAGCACAUGCAACAGUGGCCAGGCAUCUGGUCCACCUGCUCCAGACAACUCUAACUCCUUUGGACUGGAGGACUGCUACAAAUCACAUGAAUGGUCAGAACAUGGAAGUCCAUCACAUCCACCAGUUUUUCCUAGUGCCACAAAUUCAAAGAACAAUACUUCAAAAGGGUGGACGGGAUCAGAUUGGGAUGCUCUAGACCCUGCAAUAGUAACAUCAUCACGGCCAGGCAGUUCAAAUCAUGGUCAAUCAUGGGUGCAGAAUGUUCCUGUCUAUACUUCUGCUCCUCCACCUCCGCCUCUGCCUCCAGCCCCUUCGGACUGGAGCUCCAUGUCGCAGCCUGUACCUCCACCGCCACCUGGGUUUGGGCACCGACAUGUCACAAGAAAUCACAGCAGCAAAUCACCACUGCAUGAGGUUUCAAAGAGUUGAAAGUUGAAAAUGGGCUGUGAGUACAACGAAGUGCAUGCCAUUUGAGGUGCUGCUUUGGUAGCUGCUUGCAUAUAUCUAGGAACUGGAUUAUGAUUUUUGUUUUACAGUAUUUAUGCUUGUGUGCUGCUCAGGAUUACCAAGACUGUGUGUGAGAUCAAAAUGCACUAAUAUAUCAUUACAUAUUUUUUAAAAAAAGCAAUAAUGUUUCCAGAGUUUAAAAGAAUUGUGUGUUGGCUUUCAUGUACUCUCUGAGAAAAGACUGUUUUUGGGAGAAAGUUGAGAAAUUGAAAAAGUAACAUAAUAGCUCCUGUGAUUGAUUUUGUUAACUUUUGUGACCUUUACAAAAGCAAAAAAUGAAUUUCUCUCUCUCUCUCUCUCUCUCUCUCUCUCUCUCUCUCUCUCUUUCUCUCUCUCUCUCUGUGUGUGUGUGUGUGUGUGUGUGUGUGUGUGUGUGUGUGUCAAACAGGAGUUUUCUUGAUACACCAUCUUGUUUCUGUGGCAUGGUACCACAUUGUCCAAUUGUUUCUUUUCUUUCUAUAUUUUUCUUACCAAGAAUGUUAAAAUUUCAAAAUAGUUUACCAAAGAACAACUCUUGCUUUGCCAGAUCACUUGGUGAAGUGCCUUAUUAAUCUAUGUACAUUUAUUCUGUUCUGAAUGAAAUAAAUGGGUAACUGCAACUGUUCCAUUUGUUUUUUGGCAUAUUUUCUUCAGUUAUAAAUUUUCUUUUGCUCAGAUAUUUUGAAGAGGCAUAUACUUUUUUCUUAAGUUAUUAAAUUUUAUUUUGCUCAGAUAUUUUGAAAGUGAUAUGUUAAUUAGCAGUGCAAGUUAUCUGACAGAAGUAGAUAUUAAGAAAGUGCACCAGUGUUAAUCGUACAUCAAGAAUUGUACAUGUCGCAAAGAAACAGUGUAAAAGGAUAUUUACUUUUAUUUGAUACAGUGCUGUAAUGACUUGUUGGUGCUUCAUUGUAAUGCUUUGUAAGUAAUGACAGAAUGGAUUUGUUUCUGAUAUCAAACUUGCGACACUCUAUUUUUUGGCACAUACUGUAACAGAAAUAAGAAAGACUGUGAAUUUGUUGGUUAGCAGGAAAUUCAUGAUCUUAUUGGGCUGUGUUCCUUGUGAAAAUAAGAUUCUUGAAAUGCUGACUUUCUUUUCAGUUCUUCUAAAUAUCUGUUUUUACUUUGUACCGUAUGCUAAUGAAGACCCUCAAAAUUAAAUUAAAUAUUUGUACACAUUGAAGAACUUCACAGAUUUGUAAAACGGUAAGUUUUACACCUCUCUGCAACUGCAGGCAGUUUCAGAUACCUGUUCUGUUAUUCAAUGUACAAAACAACUGUUUGAGUUAAUGUGCAACUUUAAUAAAUUAAGUAAUUUCUAUAUGUUGAUAUAAUUUUGUUAUAAAAUCCUUUUGCACUGUUUCUAGUGACAUUUUGUUUAUUUACAGCUUAUGCGUUAAGGUUGUUAAACAGUAUAGUCAUAACUGUGAGAGAGUGAUUACUGUCUUUUAUAGUUAAAGUGAUUUGUGCAACGUGAGGUUUAUUUUUAUAAUUGCCUAAACUGUGACAUCUUCCUGUGACUUUCGUCCUUUCUGUUACCACAUUCAUUCAACUUUGUUUGCAUAUUGUAUUUUGUAAUUUGGUAACUGGUGUUAUAUUGUGAUGUUUAUUGUGGUACAGAUUGUACUUAGUAACCUAGCAGUUUGAUUUGCUAUACUACAGUCAAAUUGCUCUUCACACAAAACUAAAUUACAUAUAUGAUAAAACCUGAAUCUAAUUAUUGCAACUGUGCUGGUAAUUUUGUUUGAACUCUUUUUAAGUUCAGACAUUUAUUUGUAUACAGAUCAAACCUUUUUGUAUUUACCUGUAAAUAAUUCAUUUCCCCAUUGUAUAAGUGAAUUACAAAAUCGACAUGCAUGUUUUGCUUUGUUCUGUCAAUAAUUAUAACAUAUUUUCUGUGGCAGUAAUUAUUUUCUUGGUAUUUUGAAGAAUGCUCAGCAAAGAAAAUGAUGGUAUGUUCUUCACACCAUGUGUCUGAUUUUUGGGCUACUUCAUGUAGCUAAAUUUCAUCUGUGGUCACUUUAAUUUUAAGUUACAUAGACUUUAGGUUUGUGCAACAUAAGAAAAUGAGACUCGCAAACCAAGUAGUAUUUUAUUGGUAAUUAAUGCUUUUUUCCUUUUUUGUGUAAUAUUUGUGAUAGUUAUUUAGAAACAUAAAGGCAUAAUUAUAAUUGUUUUGAGUCAUUAACUGAGAGGAAAAACACACAAUCUGGGUUCUGUUUUGCUUCAGUAAAAUGUAAGAAAUGAAUCUGAGCUAUUUUUGUUUUCCUAAGAGAUGAUUCAGGCUAACAACUUCAAAUUAUUUUACAUAGCCUCCUGUAUUUCCUUGGCAUUUGUUGUAAUCUUUUCCAUUAAUGUGAAUGUGUUGAUUAUAUACAUGAAAUUAUCAUAAGAAAAUGUUCACUUUUGCUGUAAAGAAAUGGAAAAAUCAUGGAUCACCUUGCAUAAGUGAAACUUUCAAUGCUUUCAAAUCACAUCAUGUCUAACCACCAAAGUGUUUGCUUGUCAUGAGAGUUCUCACAGAUCUGUGGCUUUCAUUAAGCAAGCCAGAGCAUUUUCAUACUGAUUCUCAUGAAGGUACAUAGACAAUUACAGCAUUUUUCCAGUAUCUCCAUUGCAGGUGCUCUCUGCAACAUUUGGAAUUUAGCUUUGUUCAAGACAUGUAACAGGUAAUUCACUAUCCUGGAAUCAUUAUUGAUCUUCUUCCCUUUUUCACCAAACUAACAGUAUGCUCACAAUGGCAACAUUUGCAAACAAUGUCAACAUUAGUUAUGCAAUACAUUACUAGUAAAAUCCAUUGUGUAACCCUGCACUACAGAGUGUAGUAUAGAUAAGUGUUUCCAGGUCUUCUGUUUGCCUUGCUUGCUAUUGUUAUACUUACUUUAAUCAAUAGCCAUUCUAAAACUGGUAGUACUUUACCAUAUUUUAAGAAUUCCCAGACGACACUAUCAACUUCAAAUAAAAAUGAUCAUUUGAACCUACGUGACUGUUGUUUCCAAAGUUUUUACUUGGGAGUUUAUUGCCAACAGUGAACCUGACCAUUCAAUUCUACUUUCAGCUAACAGAAAGAGUAUAACUGUCGUUCUUCGUAUCUACCCCAUAUCUUAGUUAUAAAUAAGUGUGUGCUUUCCUGAGAUCUCCUGUGUCAGUAGCUGUGGUAGAUAAUUAUGUUUUAAAUAAAACAAGAUCUGGGACUGUCCAUUCACAGUAGUUUCUUACAUUUCUAAGAAUUAGCCUAUCAUCCUUUCCUAGCACAAUAAUUUCAUAUCUUUCCAAUUGUUGAUCAUGAUUACUUAACUGUAGUUAUGAUCUGUGUCACUAUGGAUACUGUAGGUGAUAAUUUUUUUUCCAAUUAGCUGUCACCAAAGUAACUUAUCCGUACUUUUACGCGAUUACAAAGUCUGGAGGUUAGUUAUACAAAUAUUUCAUUAAUGCACUUGAACUUCUCCAAUUAAAAGAAUAUGUAUAAAAUCAAUUUGAGCCUAAUGACCCUAAUGCUUUCAAUAUAAAAGGAAAUCCCUCACUUCAGUCAAUACCUGGGCCAUUGUUCCAAUAUAUACCAUAUUACACUUAACAUUGUGCUAUGAUUCAUAUUGAAUUGCACUGGCUGUAUGUACCCAGUAUUGCUACUUUUAUAAAGUGAAAUCAGUUUUGGGCAUUUAAUUAAGAAUUUUUUGAUAGUUCAUCAUCAAUAACUUUUAUAUUUACCUACAAGAGAUUGCAGAUGCAUUGAACCACUUAAAACCAAAGUGACAUCAAAGGUUCUGAAAGUGAUUUCAUUUGGAAGAAACAUUCUUUGAAGAGUCACACAUUCAGCCCAAAGUGCUUGACUUCAAGGAAGGUUGUUUGGCUCAGAGGAGAAGUAUCGUUUAAAGUACUGUAGUUGUUGGAGCCUUGCCUGUGGUGCACAGAAAGAUAUUAGUGUAUGAACUGUAUUGCUCAGGCUCUUCAAAGAAAUUGCUAAAUGUCUGUACAGUGAUUUUUGUAUUCAUCCACAGCAGCAACAUUUAAUGUAGUCCUCCAAUUUCAAUGUUGUGUGUUCAUGUUACACACUUCACUGUAAACAUCUGGUAUCCUUUCCAGAUCAUGCAGAAGCUAUUACUGCUUUAAAACCAUCUUCAUUUAUAGUCUCUCAAAUAAGGUGUCAUGAUUUUGCCAUUUCCUUAAUCAAAAUUGUAAAUAAUAACUCAUGGAUAUAACUAUGUCUUCGAUAAUUUUGUAAGUAAUUACGUGGCGGACAUUUUCGUUUAACAUUCUCUCACUUUCAGCACUUGAGCAGACUUUGUGCAAAAAUGAAGUGUUUAAUGGAGUAAUGAAUCUUGUUUGUAACUCUAGUGAGAACUAUGGCUGAACAAAACAGCAACUAAAGUAUCUUGGCUUUGAAAGCCAAGAAUUGCUUGGUCGGGGAAGUGAGAGAUGUUUUAUUAAACUUGAACAAGCUGAUACAAGUAAAAAAGGUCAGAGAUGGCAAGCUGUUAUGUUUGUGUUUUGUGUUAAUUAUUUGAAAUAUUAAUUAAUUAGAGCACAAACAUAUACUGCACAGGUUACAAUGUUGUUUGUUUCUUUGCAUUUUGGGUGUUUUACUUGGCAUUAUUUUGAGCUCUGUUGUAUAUUCUUUGUGAUGUUAUGUAUUGUUUGUGACCGUUCAAUGAGGCAGGUCCUAUCACAGAAGAAAAUGUGUGUAAUAAUGGCUAAUUUUUGAAAAUAUAAGAGACAUGUAUGCUGCAAAAAUGUACUUCCUGAAUUCUUACUCAGCAAACACUGGCUAUGGUUAUGAUAUUUUGAUGUGGAGCAUAGCAAAUGCUUAAAAACUUUUUACUUGAUCAUUACUUUGUUUACAUCUAUGUACAGCAAAAACCUUUCAUGGUUGCAUUUUUUUUCUUUGCAAACAGUUAGUGUAUUGUUUAAUUCUGUACCAUUUUGAAGUAACAAUCAACAUUUCUCAUUAAAUAUCACUUUACGUGUUUGGGGGCUGUGGAAUGGACAGUCUGUUUUCGUGCGUGUGCGGGUGGUGUGUGUGUGUGUGUGUGUGUGUGUGUGUGUGUGUGUGUGUGUGUGUGUGUGUGUGGAGGGGGGGGGGGGGGGGCACGUGCCUGUGAACAGGUAUAAUUCAGAUUUCAAUUGCACACUACUUAGUUUACAAAUAUAUGCAUUCAUUUGGAACAAAUUGAAAAUAAUGUGCUACACUGUAAAACGUCCUGAUACCCAGUUUCUUAUGACAGUGAGCAUUAUAGGUAAUUUCAGAACUAGGGUUUUGAAACACAGUUACUUAGUAAAUCUAUAGCUCUUCAUUUCCUGUGUCUGAUAUUAUGUUUAUGUUCCCGGAGCAAACUCAGUGGUGUGGUUCAGUGAAGAUUUUAAAACUCCAAUUUUUAUUUAAAACAUUCUCAGUGUAUUGUCAUGCAAUAAAAAUUUCCUACAUGAAAAUGUAAUUGGUACACUUAUCAUUUAUUGACUUUCUUAUCAAAAGUGCAAUUUAAGAACAAAAUAUUUACAUCUUCGAACACUAAUAAUAAGUAACAUCAGAUGUAAAGUAGUGUUCGCAAACUACUACCAAUUCAUUCAUUCUUUGACUGUGCAUAUAAUAAACUGCUAUAUGAAACCUUUGUUAUAGUUAAGGUUCUGAGCACUUCAUGCACGGGCUGUACAUAGCAUACCUGAAAGGACUAAAUGUGCUUUAAAAAUUGUGAAUUGAUAACAGAUGAUGUGCAUACACUCUCUCAUUCUCUGCCCCCCCCCCC